AUGAGCCGCCACCAUCGGGAUCUCCUGGCCCCCUCCCCUCCGCGGCGAGACCACCGCCCCCUCCCCAAACCCACGGCCGCCGCCAAAGCCAAACGCCUCCGCAGCAAACGGGAGCGCGACGCCGCCAAGUUCGGCCCCAAGGCGCCCCCGGGGGGCUCCCGGCGGGGCCCCCGCUGGCUGCAGCCUCCCCCGUGGGGGGGUCUCGCUCUGGGGACCCCCCUGGGCGCCCCCAGACCCGUGGUGAUCACCCAGAACCGCCUGUGCCACCGCGGCCUCUUCAAGCACGAGGUCAAAUCCCUGGACGUCCGGCGCCUGCUGACCCCCGGCCCCGCCGGGGACGGACCCCCGGCGCCCCGAAUUGAGGAGGGGGAGGCCGGGGGGGUCCCGGCCCGGGCGCUGAAGGAGCUGGUGGCGGGGUUGGCCUCGCUGCUGGGCGGUUUUGGGGCGUUUGUGGGGAGGGAUUUGGUGAGCGAGCGGCGCCGCGGCCUCGUGGCCGCCCUCAGGAGGCACCGGCGGGGACCCCCGGACCUGGGGGUCUUGCUGGCACACCGGACCCCCGCCCAGCCCUCAGGUCACGGGAGCACGUGGGGAGAGGCGAGGCCAGGAGCAGCGGGCAGUUUGGGGGAGUGGGACCCCCCUGUUGGGACCCCCAGCCCACCUGGUGUUGGCCAUGUGCCCCCCAGGGCCCCCAGCCCCAUUUUUGGAGCCCUCAGAGAGCGGGAGAACCCCUUCUCAUGGAGCUCAGCCGAGGAUGAGGAGGAUGAGACCCCCGGGGGGCUCCUGCCACGACCCCCCCCCUUCUGGAGGACCCCCCAGCCCCCCCAGGAGGAGGAGGAAGGGGAGGAGGGGGGUGGGGAUGAAGGCUGGACCCCCAUCGCCCCCCCUGUCUUCAGCCCAGACCCUCCCCCCGGGGGUCCCCCCCCAUCCAGAGACCCCCCCGGGCCCCCCCCCGCCCCCAAACCCCCCCAAAACCCCUUCUCAUGGAGCUCAGCCGAGGAUGAGGAGGAUGAGACCCCCGGGGGGCUCCUGCCACGACCCCCCCCCUUCUGGAGGACCCCCCAGCCCCCCCAGGAGGAGGAGGAAGGGGAGGAGGGGG